CGUUGAUUGUUUAGGCUUACGCCGCUUGUCGCGCUGCGCGAAUUGGGUUUGCAUGGCGUUCCCUUGGACACAGGGAAGCGCCACUCCCUUCGCAUGCCACGCGCGGGGCAAAAUUCGCGGCCCAAAUUCGUCCCGAGCGAAGCGCCGUUGCCCGCGUGGUUGGGAGCCGAGCGAGAUGCUAGUGCGUAGGCCUUGCGUCUACGGUGGGGGCCACCCGGAAUCGCCGGAGGGCGCCUCUGACCCACUUCUCGUUACGAUCAAAACAAAGCGCGCACAGCCUGCUCCGCGUGUUUUCCCACGGCAAACCUGCGUCACAGGCGAAGGCCAGUGUUACGCAGUCGUCGCAUCUGCGCACUGCACUGUGCGCGGUGUUCGCUGCACGGCCGUGAUUCUGCCUCGAGGGCAAGACGCGAGCGCCCGAUGUCGAUCUAGCCUGUUUUCUUCGUCGGGAAGGGUGGCGGAGCCGAGUACAGGAAGCGAGCUGGCCUCCAGUGGAGGAGCGGGUGUGUCCGCGGUGGUGGCGGCAGGGGGCGCAGCGCCCCCCCAGCCGCCUCCGCCGCUGGCCCUCAAGGAUGUGCAGUGUCCCAUCUGCCUCAAGGUGUUCAGCCGCAAGUUUUCCCUCGAGAUGCACUUCCUAAUCCACCAGGGACUCAAGCCGUACAAGUGCCAGUUCUGUGGGCGCUGCUUCCGCCAGAAGGGCACCCUCAUGCGCCACAAGGCCAUCCACAGUCAGACACCGUCGUACCGCUGCGGCCUGUGUGACAAGAGCUACCGCCAGAAGAAUGUGUUCCUGCACCACCUCCGCAACCGGCACAAGGUGUCCACGGACGUGCUUGACCGGCGGCGCUGCCACAUCAAGAACAACGCUGGCGGUGGUGUCAUGGAGGCGGUUCCCGCAGCGCCGUUACCACCGCCAUCGUUGAGUUCGGUGUGCCUGCCUCCGCUGAGCCCGCCCGAGCCACCACCAGGCGAGGCCGCGCCACCCGUGAUGUUGCGCAUCUCAGAGCGCCAGCAGGCCCUACCGCCGUCCUCCGCCGCGUCGUCCAUGUGGCAAUGCCCCUUCUGUGCCUUCGAGAGCGCCCACGACCCCGAGAUCUGCCGCUCGCACCUGCUCCAGCAUGUGGGAGAGCCGGCAGACUGUCCACUCUGUCCGCGGCAGCUUGCCUCGCCCCAGGAGCUGGCGGCCCACCUGCGCGAUUUCCACGAGAGCGCAGGCUUGGCUCCCAUUCUGACCAACCCGGCUGUCGCCACGGCAGGUCGUCCCCCGGACGUGACCUUCACCUGCAUUCCGUGCCAGAUGGAGUUCAGCAGCGAAGAGGACUUUGAGUGGCACGUGCGCACGCACGUGCAGAGUGUUCUCUCCGAGCCACCUGUAGCAGCGCCGCGGCCCCCCCUGCCGCCCAGCACCUCCACAAGUGAGGGACCCCUUGACCUGACUGAGGCACGACCGGCCGCAGCGCCACCUUUUUCUCAGGAGCGGCAGCAACAGCAGCAGCAGCAGCGCCGUCAGCUCCUGUGUGUCGAGUGCGGGAAGCUGUUUGGCUCCAAGGCGCUCUACCGGUACCACGCGCAGCUGCACUUGGAUGUCCAGGGGGUGACAUUCAGGUGCCCGCAGUGCCGGCGGCGGUUCUCCCGCAAGGGGGAGCUGCUGGCACACACGCGGCAGCGCCACCUGCGGCGCCUGCCAUGCCUUCGGUGCGGCCGCCAGUUCAGCUACCGGUGCCUGCAGCAGGCGCACAUAGCCCGGUGCCAGGGUCCGCCGACGCUCUGCAUCCCCGUAGUGGAUGUGCAGGCGGCGCGUGGUGCACUCGGUGCCAGCCUCCUCGGCGUCAUCCCUCUGGUGGCGCCUGAUGGGCAGGAGGCCAGCCCACUGCUGGGAGUCCCCGUACUGGCGCCGGACUGCCUGCCGCUCAAGAGCCGGCUCAACGGGCUGCACAUCUCAGCACGCAUCGGGCUCUAGUCUUCCACCAGCCCCCCACUGCUGGAGUACAAAAAGAAAGGGCCUCCGCCAGGGAGCAAGGACGGAGGGAACGGGGGUAAAGAAACACUCUUCAUUGGCACGAACAUGUGCAGGCGACCAGAUAACGUCACAGAAAAGAAAUUUGUAAAGCACAGGGGGCAGGAGAAUAUAGACCGUUGGCAUCUAGCGAUGCCGCAGAACUCUAAACUGUAUGUACCAAGAUAAGGUCACAUUGCACUGGCGCCACCUGGCGCCACGAACUCGCAUGCAAGUUCCGUUGCUCGAAAUGUUGCCGCGCAUAGCAUGAACAGAGGGCACAGACAGGGGAGCAUAGAUUGGUGGCGUCUGGUGGCAUUGUACGCAAGCUGCUAGCCCUGUGGUGCCGUCUCUCACCAACACCAGGUGGCGCCACCAUGUGACAGGCUUUGGUGCUCGGGAGCGUUUGUGACAUUAUCUGGUCGUGCUGGAGAGUGGAGUUUCCGGCCCCAAUCUAUUCUUGCUCCCUGGCCUCCGCCAAAGACUCCCACUGGGGGCCCCGUGCCAAAGGCGUCUUCCAUCCGCCGUCAUCACAGUGCUCCCCGCCCGUCCAGAGAAAUGAGAGAGCAAUAACUUGUCGCGAUGCACUAGGAACGCCACUCGACUCGGUGAAAGAGAGGCUUUGCCAGCCCCCUGCUCUACCUCAUUCUUUUGUUACACUAGACUGCUGCAAGGUGGAAGUGACAGAGCGCUGCAGGCUAUACAUGAAAGCAGGGUUGGGAACCUCUCGUACGGAUUUUCUUGGCAGGUCGUUGCCCUUUCGUCGCCUACAUGUAAUGGUGCUGCUUCCAAGGGCAUUGUAGGGCACAGUUGCAAGCUGUUAUUCUAGACUGUAGGAGAGUGGUAGUGAAGUAAUGCCUCCAGGCUUUAACCAAGCGUUUCCUAAAUAGCAGCAGCAGGUAUACGCAACUCUUCCAGAUAUGUAUUACUGGCUCCUUCGAGCCAAAAUUUCGCACAUUAGCUAAUCCUUACCGUCUUGCAGCGAUUUCAGUUUGGCGCCACGCUUGUGUGCAAAUACUGGGCCUGUUUCAUCCAUGAUAAAUCCAAAGUGCGCCCAUUGUCCCUUGCGCUUCAGCGGAACGAUGGUGUAGUUUGUCAUUUCUGCAGGGAAGAAAUGGUAGGUGGCGCCACCGUUCCUUUGCAGUGUAAUCAACAUUUUUGUAUGUGGCAUCACAACAGAAGAUAUGUGCCUCAGAUUGAUUGUGGAUGAAAUAGGGGGCAAGUAAUGCAAGCAAGGAUGGUAUUACACUGAACCCACUGCAAAAUGCUGCCGCAAUGCAAAAUUUCAGUGGCUCUUUCACGACCUGAUAGUAUGAAGUGCUAGCAGAGAAAGAUGAAAAGAUAGUUUGUUCUGCAAUUGCUAUCGGCUCCAUAAGCUUGGCCAAUUUCAACUUUAACGGCAAGAACUGUUCAAUUCUAUACCCAUACAUAUUGCCCCUCUCUUUUCUUUAGAAGGCUUAUCGUUAAUGGUUGCGUCAUCUGUGGAUGUACAUUUAGGUUGGCUAAACAAAUUGAUCAUUCAUUAUUAGUUGGUAACAGAAUGUCGCUACAUUGCAUGAAGUACAGGACUAUGUUAAAAACUUCGUGAAGCCUUUUGUACCUGAUGGCAUGAGUUACUGCUUCUAAAGAUUAUUCAGAUAUAACUCAAAGUAAUUCUUUUAGUAUAUUCUGCUCCAUGCUUCCUCAUUCUGACGAGACCUGAUAACAUUCUUUGAAGCGCCAGCUGACACAGUGGUGUGUAAUGUUCAAAAGAAUGUAACAUUUAUUACCGAUGAUUUUAGCAGCAUUCAUGCUGCAAGUUUUAACCAAAAGUAGUGCAACAAUAGCUCUUCUUUUAUUAGUUUUGGGCACACAGAGUGUUGAUGUGUGUACGAGUGCCAGCUUACUUUAACUAAUCGGUACAGCAUGACAUCACUUGAAAAAAAAAGGUAGUCAAGCACCUUGGCUAUGUGCUUAGAAUUACUUCGCUUCUGUAUGCUAUCAUAUUAUAAAUGUUUAUGUUCUGCUUGCUUUACAUACGAUUUCUGCUGCUUUAAUUAAACCUUGUGGGGCUGUUAGAAUGUGUUCCUGUCCGUCGAGAUUGCACCAUGUGACUGAACUUUAAUCAUAAAUAUUUACUGAAAGUUUACUGUUAUAUCAUGGCACAGGAUGUGGAGCACAAAGGAAAUGAAGUCUUAUCACCUGUAAUAUAAUUAUUUCUUUAGCAAUAGUACAUGUUUACUUAGUUGAAAAGGCAAUGCAGAGUAGGGUGCAUGCUGUUGCCAAAAAAAUUAACGAGGUGUCUCGUGGAAGCAUCAUCAUUUCCCUGAAUUGUAACAAGUGUACGUGAGAAGAAAUCGUUCUUGGGCAUGUUGGCACAUUCUUCUAUGAGCCAGUUUAAUGCGAAGCAAAUGGCCACACAUGCAAAGAGACACUGAACAAGCGGUAACUGAAAGUAGUUGCUAGUUAGCACAUAUCUCAUGUCUCUUUGUAUGUGUGGUCAUUUGCUUUGUGCUAAACCUACUUUAAAAAGCAAGUACAUCUACAAGGGAAUUGUAAACUGGGCAGGUCGGAAUGUUUUCAUGAAGUCAUAGCUCGAAACGACCCUUGGCAAGGAAGCAAUUGCUACACACGCAGUGUCUUUCCAUCGUUUCGACUGAAAGACAGCAUUUGUGAGGCUUCCACUUGCCAUCCGAGUCCUUUCGCAACGUGGCACCUCAAGCAUACAACUUUGCCACCAGUACAUACAACCUUACCGGUCCCACUUGUUCACAUGCUGCCAGGAAUGCCCAUGCCUUGUGACGAGACCGUUUGUUUUCAGUGCAGCUAGCAAUCGCGCUGUGCCCCACUGCCUCUACCAACCUGCACACCGAAUUCGAUUGGCGUCCUAGUGCACCGCGGCCAACAAUUUUUUUCGACUGCUUUCUUUCGUUGCGCAAACUGGAGAAUCUCCUCAGAGAACAAAUUAUAUAGUUUCAUUUUUUGUUGUUUGUUUUCUUUUUGGCUUGUGUGCCUUUUGCUCGCGUGGCAUGUCAAGGAGAAGAGAGAAAAGAAAAAAAAUUUAGGAGGGGCAUUAUUUAUUGCGCACACUCCUCAAGUGUCUUUUUUUUGUCUCACAGACUUGCAUCCCCUGUGGACAAAAAAUUAUAUAUAUAUAUACACAUGAAAAAGAAAGCCUUCCCAUUUUCCCCUCAUUGGGUCGGCACCAUUUACUUUCUCAUCCGGCCUACCAGGGAGGUCACACACAUCAUUGCCAGGCCCGAAAUAAGUGCUCAUAUCACACACUCGUCGCAGUUGUUUUUUGUUGAAACGGUGCUACCGCCCACCGCACUUUAAGUGGACUCCGGUUUGGGCCUGCACCCACUGGGGGGGGGGGCACAUAGGAGCACUAGCACAAACCGGGCCAGUAAAGGCCUAUCCUUGACUAUAUUCCGGUUAACAAAGUUUUUGUAUUGCAACGAAACAGACUUGGCUCGACCGUGGCUUGUUUGGAUAUGCAUACUUGUUUUGUUUGGCUUUUUUUUUUUCCCUUUUCUUUUUACACGGAGGCCGAGUACAACAAGCUGUUUUUGGUCGCAAUGAGCUUUUUGAAAAUCUUCGCACGCCGCUUGUCAUUUACAUUGUGCCGCGUUUUGCGCCGUUGACAUCGUUUGCAGUGCAAGAACUGUGCUGGCUGGGAGACUUGAAAUCCCAGCCGUGGUCGCUUGUUGCAAGCAGUUGGGCUGUAUAGGAGCGUGACUUGUCGUCUGCGAGGUUGUAUGUUGCCGCCGGUCCCUGCUUGGGUGUUUUGGCUCUGGUCGUUGUAGUAAGACAGUGUUUUCAGUGAAAGCGCCUGAAUAGGAGUUACAACCUGAACGUGACUUGUGUGAGACUGCUGUUUGCAGGCAUUGUAGACGUUGGCUCUGUGAGGGGGGUGCAAGCUGGGUCCAAUUCGUGAAGCGUUUCAUUCUUAAGAACUGUUGCUCGUUGACUGGUGCCUGCACUGGCACGGAAUUGAUAACGACGAUUGGAUGGCACUAGAUCUUGCAAAUUCCUCUCGCCUACUGUUGUUCAUAACGCUCUCAAUUCGUAAUAACUGAUUCUCUUUUGACUGGCACCUUGACAGGUGCACCACAUGCUGUGACAAAUUGGCCUACACUUGGUCUUGCGAGCUGUUCUUGCUGGCUGUUGUUGCGUGCGAAACAGCUUCACGGAUCUGGGCCUUGCGUUGCUGAUGAGAGGGCAGAUUGAUGUAGCACAAUGUGUAAGCUUGCAUUAAUACGCUUUUUAUAAGUGCUUGCAAAUUAACCGAUCAAGUGAUUCUGUGAUGCACCCGUGACGAGUUGUAUUGGCCCAAUAUUCAAUAUAGUUCCUGUGGAGGCCUCCUUAAUUAAGGGGAGGUAAUUGGAAGCGCCGACGCAGAAAGGCUGCAAAAAUGUGUGUGAUGUUUUUUUUUUUUGUUUUUUUUUUUCCAUUUCAGAGCUCAGGUAUCUUGAAAGGCUUGGUGCCUACCAUUCCACCUUUUUUUUUCUUUCUUACUAUUAUUUUACUUUUGCUUGAAACGUCGGCUUGAUUUGGCAAGGGUCAAAAGACAUUCUUGAAAAGAGUGCAGGCUACCUGUACAAUUUGUGCAUCACAUCAUCACCACUUCACAGAGCUGCCUGCCCGUCCUACAAAAGGGUUGGGCAGCUCAUUAGAGGGCAGAGACAUCAAGAUUUGGCGUCGCUUUAUUCAUAAAAGGAAUCCACGUACAAUAAUUGGUUCAAAGAUGGCUCACAGUAAUUAACCCUGAAACAUGGCCUCUCUGAGGAUUGGUCUUGAUUUCUCAAACUGUCUAGCGUGGUGUAAUGGUAGACGACAGUAAAACAUUGUGGAGCAAAAGUGCACCGUUGACAGCAUGUGUGAAGCAUGCACUAGUAUAUGUGCAGAACAUGCAGUAGUAUGUGUGUGUAUGCAGUCUUGCCAUACACACAGAUGUGUACAAUAGUAAGUACGCAAUUUAUGCACAUGUACUCAUAUGCAUACAUUAUGUGUUCAAAUACGUGUACAUGUGUGCAGAUAUGUGUAAAAUGUGCAUAUUAUCUAUGGCAUAAGCUUACUGGGUGCGGGUUCCGCAAAAAAAGUAGAAUCUCUGCAAAGUUCAGGGAUGCAGUCAUUAGUUCAUUUAGUAAAACACUGUGUUGGUCACGUACACACUGCUGCAGACUGCAACUCUAAAAUAUUGGCUUUGUGCACCAGCUUCACAAGCAUUCGGUUUCUUCACAGAACCUGUUCUUCGUAAACUUUUGUUGGUGACAGUACAGCAGCCUCGAAAGUGGAGGCUGGAAGUAAGAGAUCACCACUUGGUAUGUGGCCAUAAUUUACACCGGAGCCGGCAUCACCUCCCAUUGUUUCUGUUGAAAGAAACAGAACUACACAUUGAGCACAUGACGUUGGAUAUGAAGAUCAAAACCACUCGGCAGAAGGGGUGCGGCUAGAAAUCUAGCACACAUUUAAGAAACUUGUAUUCUACUCCAUGUUUACUGGUAGCACUUUGUGUGAUUCCCAGCGAAAAAAGCUGAAAUCUUGAUGUCUCUGUCCCGUCAAGUGUGCUUUGCAAGGUACAAACAAAAUGAGGCCUCUACACGUUUUGUAGGCUAAGAGAAUGCCUUCCGGUGUAUGGGGCGGCAUAAGGGCUGUUUUUAUUUUCCCUCCCCAACACGUGAACGGCAUUUAGCUGAAGGGUAGCACAAGCCCAGACAAGGCAUGCGAGUCACAAGCAUACCCAGGAAUUCAGAGCAGAGUUUUGCUUUUCAUCAUCGAUAGAGCCUCGUGAAGGCAAAGCCUAAGAUGGAUUUUUAAGUUCACCUUAGUUCAGUUGACCCCGUUGUAUAGAGCUACAUGCAACCAACUCGCAUAAUCAUCACCACGAACCUGCAUCAUUGUGUCAGCCUGUGCCGCAUUCAUCUUUGUGAAAAAUACGAUGACAUCGGACGUUUUUGUGCUUCUGACUCAUCUGUGUGCAUGACAUUUUUUUUAAUCGUUUAGCUUUUAGAUAACGCAACACCCAGUGCGAUGCCUUAUUGCAGUGAGAGGCAUUCAUUAAUGUUGCCAUGUGCCUCAUUCUGCAUUACGCCAAAUGUAGUUAAUGAGUAGGCGGAACUUUAUCCAAAGAAGUGCGACCCUCCAGCGUAAUUGGGAAAACAGUUAGCUGUGCCCCGGAAGGUCUUCCACGUGUUCAAAAGCCCAGGGAGUUGUCCCGAGAGGAGGCGGACAUUAGAAGCUGCAGAGAUUGAAUCUAGCACUUGUAGGAAUGGAAGUCUCAACAUUGCUGGUGGAUGGCAUAGUUUGUUACAUGUGCUGCCUUUCAAAUUCAGAACAGGAAGUCAAACAAGAUGGCUUUUUUUACUCUGCACCAGAGACUUCGUUUUUCGUUGGCUGAUUCGGAGUUGGUUUAUGCACUCUGUUAAUUGUUUUAGGUUAACUCGUUCCGCAGCAGAUACUGGUCCCGUUCAGCAUUUCGGGCCGGACAAGUUUCACUUUGAUCUUGUGGCAAUUUUUUUGUUGUCAUGGGGACAGAUUUAGGUUUGUAAAACACAAGCACUUGCUCUGGGAUUCAGGUAGUGCCUCCAGAUGACCAUUGGAAUUAACCGCUUGACUUUCUUUUAUCAUGGACAUUGCUGAACUGCAGUGUUUUGUGUAGUGAUAGAAAUUGCUGUCUGGUGUCUGUUAUUAAGCCUCAGUCAGCUUGGAAUAACUAAAAAAUCCGACGACAGGUUUGCUUUGUGCUAUUAGUCGUAAUGGUUGGCAGUAAUGUGGGUGAUCUGAAUGGCCUUUUUGAUCGAGAUAUUUAAAUCACUACUUGCAGGAUAUUCCCUAAUUUCUUAGUGGCUUGCGGAAGAUGUCUGCUAGUUGAAAUUUUCGCUGAUUUUUCUGCCUACCAUCUGAGGCGAGAAGCAUUUUCAGUUUAAUAAGACUGCAAUAACAACAUCGUCAAGUACAUUUUCUUGAAAGCUAGCUGAUGUAGGCAAUAUGUAUACAUGAGGCAUGAACCUAAAAGCCUAGCCAAAGAAUUACACCAAAAGAAAGGUUACACUUUAUUAAUUAUCUGGUACAGUUAACGUGUGUCAAAGGUUUAAUUUUUUAGCUGAGCGGAGCAACAUUCCGUAUAGCUUUGGCAUUAGCUUUCACCUGAUUUUCUAUGGAGCAGGGUUGUGUGGCUUACACUCAUUUGUGCCUUUGUUAGAGUUGACAGAAUGACCAGCUAUUUUAAGAUAAUUUUAUCAAUGCAAUUAUAUUGCUUCGCAGUUAUGUGGCAUGUGUGUCAUGUGCAACAUGAUGCAAGGCCAGAGACAUGUUCUUGGAGGGAAUGUUGAUGAACUUUCCUUGUUUGACUUCAAGGCUAAGUCGGCCAGUCUAUGCUUUACACUUGUACCUGCAGUUAUUUAUAAAUAUUUUAUCGAAUCAUUAUUACAUAUUACUUAUAUUUGGAGUAUUUUGUAGAGACGUUUGUUAAUAAAUGAUUCAAGCAAAGCCAGUCACAAAUCUGCGUUCGUUUGUGCCUUGGGGAAACAUUUUGCAAGAGCGCCGAAAGGUUUACAAAAGUGUCGGCUUCGGCACGUCUUGCACCGUAUAGCUGAUCCGUACUGAGAAUGAAAUUGCUCUGAAUGAAAAUGGGUUCGGUAAUCCACAGUCGCAGUUAUGUGGCAGGUCGGACUCGCUGCCUUGUCUGGUUCUGAGUGUGCCCCUCAUCGUCAACCAAGGGCAAGGUUAUUCCACGCCCUAAACACCAUCUGCGCUUUCUAGUCUAACAAGAGUGUUCAGCCACAAAGGAGGCAUCGCACACAGACACACACACACACAACUUGCAUGUGCGCGCACCCACACAACCACACACGCUACCUACACACACAUGCACGAACCAAAACUGACCAAGUACCUGAGAGAUUGGCGCCCGGGUGGUGUCCGGCAAGCGUUCCGGUGAAAUGAAGCCUGUUGUCUUGUUGUCUGUUCAUAUGUCCUGCUGCUACUCGCUGUUGUGAAGGGGAGGCAAUCUUAUUGUGUAAGCAGGGCGCGGGGGAUAAAUGUGUCAUGUAUGGUGGGGCCGAAGAGCCAAAAUCAUGCCUUGUUCUGUAAUACUCCUCUUCUGAUGAAGCUGUUGUUCACUCGAUGUGUCUGGUGGUGUUAGGAGAGAUGUUCUCAGGGUCAUAACAAUUUGCUGUUUCUCGCGCGCGCGAGCAUGGUCGUGCGAAGCAGAGGCAUUUUUUUAACUUGUCACGUACGACGACGACGACGAUGCCCACUUUGUUGUACAUAGGAGGAUUGGUAUAUAUUUAUUGUUGCCACACACAUACUAUGUUUUUCUCUGUCCCUUCUCCCUUCCCCUCUUUCUUUUUCCUCUCUCGAUUUCUCACGUUCCCUUUUUCACAAACACACACGAUGGCUUGCUUUGUUAAAGGACAUUUCUUCACUUGGAACAACUCAUUCCUAAGAAUACUUUUUUUUGUUGCUCGUGCUUUUUACAUUUCCUCCUCCCCAUCAUGAAAAAGAAAUAGUUAUUUUUACCAUACUCGUGUUUUUGCAUACUUGUUUCGUAAAAAAAAAUGAGAUAUAUUGUAUACUUGAAGUUAUAUAUAUAUAUUAUAUACAUGCUAUUAUACACACACGUUUUACCACAAUCGUGUUUGAUACCAUCGUAUAGAUUUACAUGAAAAUGAUGAUGUGCAUUUUGGAGUGUGUGUGUAUGUACACAUAUAUUUUUUGUAUGGCAAGAUCAGUCCACAGCUGUGUGGGAAAGCUUUUUAACAAGUGUUGUACAAGGACGCAUGUGGCGAAGCGCCGAGAGAACAAAUAACAGGAAUAAAGCAUUCGCUCAACAGCA